GUCAGAUCAGGGAAAGUCAGCCUGUCAGUCUUGCAUCAAACCACUGAAUGAAACCCUGACAUUCAAGUCAAAUCAAACCGAAAAGAUGGUGUCAUUGUGUGUUUAUGAUGACAAAGUUGCUGAGCGGAAUACAACAUUCACCGUUAAAAUAACUACAGCAGACAAGAACAUCAAACUCCAGCCGUCGUUUGCAACAAUCACCAUCGAUGAURACGACAAGGCCGUUAUAGGCUGGAAAUUCACAGGGAAACUAGUGCAAGAGAAAUCUGGCUGUCUUUCAGCGCUUCUUGUUAGAAGUCAAGACGAAACAGGGCUAUCACGAACAGUCAGAGUUCACACCAACAAAGUGAGUGCUACUCCUACCAAUGGCUCCUGUAAUUCAUCUAGUUGCGCCGACUACUUAUCCAUCAACCAAAAUGUCACCUUUCAAUCAAAAGAAACGGAAAAGAACAUCACUUUGUGCGUCUAUGAUGAUCAACUACUCGAGAACAWUGAAUUCUUUGAGGUGAAGAUUGCCACAGACGAGCCAGAAAAUGUCAAGAUUGAGCCAGCUGUGAUGGUCAUCUUUCUUCUCGAUGAUGACCAAGGUAAAGCGUGCUUUCACUUCGAUAAUACACGAUUAAUUGUACAAGAGGAAAUUGGGACAGUUAAAUAUUGUGUCAACAAGACCGGAGAACAUAAAUUUCCUGUAAAUGUCAGCGUUACUGUACUUGAGGAUGCAAUAAGGUGGACUGCUGAAAAAGGAAAAGACUUUACCCUGGGAGCUGKUUCAAAUAGCGUCACACUUAGUUUUAAACCAACAGAUACAGCAUUGUGUAGUAGUGUUAAGAUUAUUAACGAUGAUCAGCCCGAGAGUGAUGAAAUCUUUUCACUGGAGCUACRAUGUAUUCACGGCAAGACGUGCUGUUUGACUGGUACCGAGAACAGCACAGUUAUCAUACGCAUUAAAGAUAAACAAGACAUGGAGCGCUAUCUCGAGAAUAAGGAUGCUCAAUCACAAGAUCAGGGAGAUAAAAAUAAAGAUGUGUUCUACCUUCUCAUUGCUGGAAUAUGCGUGGCAUCUGUGACUCUAAUUGUCAUUAUUGGAAUGGGAUGCUUUUUCGUAAGAAAGAUUAACAAAACCGCGAGUGUCAACAUGGUACCUGCUACAAUUUAUGGCUGAUCAGUCCCUAGGAAGAGAUGCCAGACRAAGCGUUUUUARUUGAUGAACUAACAAUAUGGCUGCUAUUACGUCAUGCACCAAACAAGGUCGUGCUAUCUACGACCCAUUUUUUAGAAAAGCUACAAUUGUUUAGUAUAUUUUGCAUCUAGAUUUGAUGGCAUUUUGUACUUGAGUCAUGUGCUUGUAGAUUAACCACACCCGUGUUACUUCAUCAGCUUGAACAGCCUUUAUAUUCGUUGAUUACUGAGAUAUGAUGAAUUUAUGAAACGUUUCGCUCUUGACAGAUCCAGGUGCUUUUAACUGUGUGGUUUAGAAUCAGAUUUAUCUAUAUACAUCACCUUAAAACUCUUUAUUUAUUGAAUCUGCUAAUGUCGUUUUAGUAAGUGUUGAUCGAUGAAAUGUAAAGUGGUUUAACUAGUUUGU